UUUAAAGGUACUGUGUAACUUUUCUGAUUUGUUUACAUUCAUGUGCUUUUAAAAAAACUAUAAGUUAAUGUUUUUAUUUUACUUAAGCUAACACUAGUUAAUGUUAUGAUUAACAUCCCUGUUUUUUCUCCAGUUUUCCUAAAUAUUUGCUUCCUGAAAAUAGUCAUUUAAAAAUAAAUGGAACACAUUAAAUUAUUCAGCUAAAAUAUAAAAUUUCCCCAUAACAUCAUUUAUUUAUUUCCCCCUAAAUUCCUACUCUCACUUUUCAUUGGAUAACGCUGUGAAAACCCCUAUUGGAUAACAUAACUGUCUCGCACAUGUGUUCGUAAAUGGGGCAGAACUAUUGGGAAAAGUUUGGCCGUUGCGGUAAGUUAAUUUAAUUUAUGCAAAAAUAUUCAACCUUAUACUUAAAUUUAAGCACAACUGUUAACAAUAAAUUAGAUAUAUUAAGGAUGCAUUUCCGUAGUUUAUGAACAAAGUAGAGUUGUGAAUAUAGAAAACAUUGAAAUAAGAACAUAUAUACCGCUAACAUGCAAUACCUUCAUACGGAAAUUGCGCUUUUUCCAAAGUUAAAGCCUUAAUGUUAAUUCAUAAUAAGAUAAGAUUUUAUAUUUAUUUCAAGCCCUUUCUGUACAAACUAUUGGAAUGGACAUAAAAAUAAAACAGUGAUAAAAGAAAAUGGCAAAGUAAAUCGGUGAAGUUUAUGUUUUUUUCGGCUAACGCUAAACCGGAAACGGCUAAAAAUUGUUGACUUGACCAACUCUCUUGAAAAGUUUGGUCAUCUCACUAAAAUCUAGGCAUUUCAGACGAGUCUCCAUAGAGCUAGAGUAUUUAAUAAACAGACAUUCUCAUUUGUUUACAACAUUUGUCUGAGAGAAAGUGCCUCUUCUAAAAACUAAAGAUAAAAAUGCAAUAAAUUGCCUCAUUAAUAAGAACAAUUACUUUAAAAUCGAUGUAAAAUGUACAAAUCAAGAAACUUAACAAUAAAAAAAAGUUAAAAAUUUCCAUAUUAAUAAAGGUUAUAUAGUACACAAAAAACACUAUUGUGAGCUUUUAGCCAUAUUAUAAUAUUUUUACCUAAUCAAAAACAUACCCAGAGUCGUGUUUUGUUUCAUUUACUCAUGUUUAUGUAAUUCUUUAUAAUUAGAGAGUGUCUAUAUCUCCAAAGAUGAAAAGGCUCUGUUCCACCUUGUGAUGCCAUAACUCAUGUAGUGGAAGUUUUCACAGUAUGGGUCCUUCAACGCUUUUAAUGUUAGAUAAAACCAUAUCUGAAACCUUUAUGCUUAGAAUUUUGCACCAUAAGAACACAUUUUAUUUUAUUUAUAAGUGUUAGUGUGGUUGAAAGAAAGGAAAAAAUCAAUAGUAAGACCACAGUGACAAUCAACGAUUAAAAAAAACAAUCUUAGUCAAAUUUUAAUAAUCGAUCAUCAUCAAAAAAAAAAAUAAUAAUAAUAAUGUUGGAUUUUAAUCAGUAAUACACUUUUGUUGUAAAUAUUCUCAAGUUAGAAGCCUUCCCUCAUCAUAUUUCGACCUAUAUUUGGUCCAAAAAAAAGUGUAAAUUUUCUAAAUUUACAAUAAAACGUAUAGUUUACUAGUUUUAUAUUAUUCAUUGAAGUUUGUGACGUAAGCUGAUAAGUCCCGCCCCGAAGCGAGAUGCCUGGAUUUAAAAAACUCCCUAAAAAAGUUUGGUCCCUCCUCCUCCAUUCUCCGCUCUCCUUCCACCUCUCCGGGGCGGCGCACUGUUGUUUUCACCGGUGAUGGAGACGAGAAACCCGCUACAACUACCCUCCAUGCGGCGACCGGCUCUGCUUCUUUCAGUUUAGCCGCAAAACCGUGCACAAAACAGCGCCAAAGUGCAGAAAGAGCGCCGGGAGUGGAUGACUGCGCGUGGACAUGGACAGGACCGAGCAGCGCGUGUCCUUCGCCCACGCAGAGGUCCAUUUGAGCGGGGGAGCGCCUUGGGGAUUCACGCUGAAAGGAGGUCUGGAGCACGGAGAACCGCUCAUCAUCACUAAAAUUGAAGCUGGGGGGAAGGCAGCGCUGUGUCAGAGGCUCCGAGUGGGAGACGAGCUCAUCACCAUAAACGGGACAGUUCUCUACGGCAGCAGACAGGAGGCGCUCAUCCUCAUCAAAGGCUCUUAUAGAGUCCUCAAGCUCACCGUGCGUAGACGUAGCGCGCCAGUCCCCAGACCUCACUCGUGGCACCUGGACCAGAUCUCGGAGCCGUCCUUACCUCCCCCACCUCCCCCCUGUCUCCUCCUCCCUGCAGACUCCACCCCUCUCCCCCCACCUCCCCCCUGUCUCCUCCCCCCUGCAGACUCUGCCCCUCUCCCCCCUCCGCCCCCCUCUGCCAUGCAGCUCCACCCCGCCCCCUGCCCUCUGCCCUGGCAAAACAACGACCACAGUGACUUGUCCAUUCAGUGGAGUGCACUGUCUCGUCCGUACUCCUCCACCGAUCGCAGCAGUUCUCUGGGCUCCAUGGAAAGCCUGGACGCUCCCACUCCCACACCACAAGUGAACUACGAUUCCCAGAAUUCACCUGUGGACCCCGCCCUCUUCAACAACAAAAGAGACUCCGCCUACAGCUCCUUCUCCGCCAGCUCCAACAUGUCCGACUACGCUACUGUACCUUUAAGAUUUGGUGAAGGAGAAUCUAUGGAAAACAUACUUCAAAAUUUAGGCUCCAACGGUGAUGCCAGCCAGGUUUUGGAUAAUGGACAACUCAUUGCACUUAAGUCUAGAUCUUUAACUAGACCAAGACCAAAACAGUUCGAAAUGAAAGAACGUCCGUCUUCUUGCUGUUAUGAAGAUGAGCGAAAAGUUAAUGAUUUUGCGAUUUUACAAAACGGCAACAGUGAAGCUAAAAUGAAGUCCAACCCGCCACAACCUCCUACGAGAAAAGACAGUUUCAGACCGACUAAAACUAGACCAAACAUUGCCAGUGAUCGUUGCUCCUCUGCUCCUAUUGAAAUCACCAAUGCGCCAGGUUUGUUCGAAGAUUGCACAACGUUGAGAAAGUCUGUUCAAAAUGGCUUCCCUGCUUCAGAAAAUGACAAAGAGGAUUGCGUGGAGACUUGCUACAUUCAAGACAAAGCACCUUGUUCUAAGUCUUCAAAUAAAGAAACUACUAUUUUUAGACCUCAAAAUAAGCACUCUGUAAAUGUUUUGCAUCGACACAGUGCUCCAGAAAAACUACUUGCCACACAACUACAGCUACUUCAGUUUGAUGAUGCGCCAACAGAGGCUUAUAUCCAACCAAACUCAACAAAUCUAUCUUCCAGUAGCGGUAGCCAGUGGUCCCAUACUGAAAAUGAUAAAGAUUCUUUGCAAGCUUUGUCCAAUAAAUGGGGCAGUAGUCGUUGCUCAACCCCUGGGUCAGUCUUUUUGGAAGAUUGUGCAGGAGAAGAAUUUCAAAAUGAAAAAUUGGAGGUAAAUUGUGAAACUUCAAAUCAAGUGUCAUGGGGGAGGUCUGUUAGCGUGCCAGAAGAUCCUGUAGCUUUAUCUGUUCGUAGUAGCAAUUUGGACCAAGUCAAUGAGAGAGAUUUUGAGCCACUAAGUUCCGCCCAAAGUGUAGACACCUUAGUCGAAACGAAAACUGAAAUCAUCGAAGUAGAAAGUGGAACGUUGAAGAAAUCGACUAGAAAUCUCAGGAAGAAUCGGAGACGAAAUGAGCGUUUUGCCACAAACCUGAGAAAUGAGAUCCAGAGGAAGAAGGCUCAACUUCAGAGCAGCCGUGGCCCAGGAGGAUUGCUUUGUAGCGGGGAGACAGUUCACGAAGAGGGCCCUGAUUUUCAAGAAGAUGGAGAGUUUGAAGUACCAGAGAGGAAAGUUAAAGUUGCAUUUGCGCCAACUACUACUACUACUGCUACCAUUACUACUACAUUGGAACAUCCCAGAACAACUAUUGAAAACUGUUUGCAAGAUUCAAAUAAAGAAGUUUUGCAGUCCAAUGCAUCAAGAGCUGUUCAAAUUGUCGAUUCAGGCGUCGCUAGCUUUGGUAUUCGAGUUAUAGAAGAACCAGCACCUGCAGGUAAAGCCAGAAGAUGGCGCUGGACUCCUGAACACAAACUUCAACCUGAAAAUGAACCCCAAUCAAGACGCAACAAUGAGAAACUUUUGGCCCCUUCCCGCCACGGAGUUUGCGCGUUUACGUCUUCGUCGACUUCCACCUAUCCUAGAUCGAUGUCCUGUUCGAGAAUGGAGCAGUCAGAUAUUUUACCAUUCGCGGACAGGAUGAAGUUUUUCGAAGAGACAAGCAAAACUGGAAUCUCGAAAAAUGUCAAUCAACCAAAACAGAGGUCUUACAAUUUUGAGGAGCAAGCAGGAGAUCUUGGACCUUACCAAUCGCAAAGGAGAUAUUCGUAUCAAGGCGGUUACAGACAAGAUAAUUCAAGUUUGCUGGAGGCAAGGAGGCAGUCUGUAAGCGCGAAAGAGAGGGAAGAAAGACUAAGACAAGUGAGAGAAUUAGAGGAGGAGAGGGAGAAAGAAGAACAGAUGCGCCAAUGGGAAAGAGAUAGAGAGAUGGAGAGACGACAAGAGCUGGAGAGGAUACGAGAGAUGGACAGAAAGAAAAGAGAGAAAGAGGAGAUGGAGAGACAAAGGGAGGAAUAUUUUGCAUCAAACUGUCAAGAGAUUCACCAAAACUAUCACCAUCACCGCAGGGAGAAUUUCAACACUUUCCAACCAGACUCCUGUUCAGCCUUUUAUCCAGUGAAGGGCCCAUCGCAGCAGUACGAAGAUCAGCGCCAUCAGGGAUUUGCUCCAACAGAGAUGUAUUCCGCCCGGCAACAGGAAACCACCAAGCUCAACAGGAAGUACAGCCUGACGGAGAGGGACUUUUCAAGCAGAAGAUGGGAGCCCAGAGCUGUGGAGCAAAGCCGCUGGACACACAGACAGAACGAUCACUCUGCACCUGUCUCUCCACCUGCUCCUGGCCCCCUCCGCACCAGGGCCAUGUCCGAAAACGACCUGCGCUUCGAGGCCCCCCACCACCGCUGGUCCCCCUCUCUCUCCGUUGCCAGCACUCAGACUCUGAGCGAACUGGACGAAGGAGUUAACCAGAACCUGAGAGAAAAAGCUGCAAAGAAGAAGGCCCCUCCUCCUCCCAGACCCCCGCCUCCCAAAUGGGAACAGUUUCAUAAAAGGAGAGCCUCGCAUCACGCCAUCUACUCCUCUCCUCAAACAGUGACAGGAGCCUUCAGCAGCCAGUCUUCAUUUGAACCAGAAACAUCCAGACAGCGCUCCUAUAUAGUCUGCCCCCUCGGAGAGAAGAACUCAGCUCCGCCACUACCACAUGUUCAAAGUGCUCUUGUCACCAAAAUCUACCCCAAGAUCAAAAUUUACCUCAAAGUUCAAGAAACAACCACCAAUAUCUAUCCCAAGAUCAAAAUUUAGCCCUGAAUUCAAGAAACAACCACCCAAAUCUACCCCAGGACCAGCCAGUGCCUCAAAGUUUGCACCAAAAUUUGACCGGCAACCAUCAACGAUUUCACCAGACUCAAGAUAUUCAGCGCUAUAGCCAAGUCCCUCCCACUCAAGUUCAAAAUUCUGUCUCCGCCAAUCAGAUUCAAUCCUCUCAUGAAUUGUCCAAUCAUAGCCGGCCUUACCAUCACAUCCCAACCAAUCAAAUUCAAGCUCCUCGUGUGUUGCCGAGUUACAGACAGCUUCAGGAAGUCUCGCCAGCCAAUCAGAUUCAACCGUUGUCGGAUUCCUCCAGUGAAAUCCAACCAUCUCAUGUACAACAUCUAUCAGCCUAUAAACAGCCCACCUACGUCCCACCGGCCAAUCAGCUGCCUCCACUUCAGCUCUCGUCCAAUCAGCUGCAAGAACCUCUCUUCAACAUAGCGCCCCCUAGCCCCAUGUUCUCGCGACGCGGCUUUAGGCCAGUUGCGCCGCCUCAGUGGAACAACAGGGGAAGUGCCAGUGACGAGAUAGAAGAGUUUCCACCUCCUCCUCCACCUGUCGCGGAUGACUUGGAAGACAGUUUUUCCGACUCAGAGACCAACCUAAACCAUGAGCAAAUGACCACAACCCAACCAUUGCACAGGCACGCAGCUGAAUGGGAAAGAACUACAUCUCCCAGGAUUCACAGCGAGACCCCUCCUUCCCCUCCUCCCCCUCCU